CUUUUAUUUGCAGCUGUUCGGCCUCCUCCGCACCGAUUUAGGUUGUGAGAGCGCGCCAGUGCAAGGAGGCUGCAGGCUGGAUAAAGCUCACUGGCACGCGCGUAGCUUUGCCGCGAAAGUAAAGGAGCUGUAUUAGAUCGGCACAGCUCAACAAUGCUGCGGCUCGCACUGAUAACAGGCUGCGCAGCUCUGCAGCAUAAAUACGGCCGAGAAACCUAUGGAGCUCGCGUCACGCGCGGCGCCGCCGACCUGCCGCCGCUGCUAUUGAUCCCGCCGGUGGGCGUGGGCAUCGAUCGACAAUUCUACGCGCGUUUUCAGGAUGUGUGGGACGGCGGCGACACACACGCGCCCGAUCUACUGGGUACCGGUGACGCCAAGCCAAAACCGAGGCGCUUCUACAAGCCCGAGGUCUGGGCGGGGCAGCUUGACGCCUACGUCCGGGAGGUGAUCGGGGAGCCGUGCGUGUUGGUGAGCCAGGGCGGGCUCCUGCCCGUGGCGCUCGAGAUGUGGCGCCUCGGCGGCACGGACACGGUGCGCGGCGUGGCCUGCCUCUCGCCGCCGCCUCUGAGCUUCGUGGCGUCGGAGGGCGUCGAGGCGGACCGCACCGCGCCGGCCGUGCCCCGCGCCCCGCGGCGCAUCCAGCGAGUCGCCUGGGCGGUUUCUUCGUCGCCCGUUGGAAAUCUGUUCUUUCGCCGGCUCCGCGGGAAGAAGGGCGAGCGCAUACGGUCGUUUACCGAUAAAAAUCUAUUCGCCGGCGAAUCGGACGAUGCCUGGGUGAAGCAGUGUUAUGAGAGCGCUCGCGACUCUCGCGGGAGAUUUGCUACUUUGUCGUAUCUCUGCGGGACGAUACCCGCCGGCGGUGCCUGGCGCGACGAGCGGGGCGGCCUGCUUGCGGAUUUGAUGGUCCCGACUUCGAUCAUCCGAGGAGUCUUCCCGGGAGCCCGCGAUCCCGUGAACCGCACGCGCGAGGCGCUCGAGCAGCUCCCGUUUCCAGCCGGCGGAUACAUCAUUCGGGACGCCCGGGCCUGCCUGCCGUGGGAGCAGCCCGAACAAACGGCCUCGGCACUGCUGAGCUUCCUCCGAUCAAGCUCCGAAAAGGACCUGGCCGUCCAGUACGUAGGCACGUAAUCAUGUCACAACAUC